UAUAUCAGACAUUCCCAAUGUCUGAUAUCCUUGGGGAGGGGGAUGUCUAAACUUAAUUGCUUUUUUUUUUUCUUCUGUUGUCUCUCCCUCAAUGUAGCUGUCACCUCAUGUGUUUGGUGAUCAUUGAUUACGAACUUCUGUUUGAUCUUUGUGGGAAUCUUGAGAGUCUAAUUUGGGGAUGCUUUCUUUCUGAAAGCAUUUCUAUCGGCUUUGUCUGGGAGCUAGGAAGUUUAGGUGGCAUCACUUUUAAGUUCCUACGUUUUGCUUCUAGCCCAGAGCUCAGUGUCCUGAUCCUACUACUGCUCUUGGUACCACCACUUGUAGCACUAAACUGUAGCCAAGUUUAAUUUCUAGCUCAAGGUUUGUUGCUUUUGCAUGGAGAGGGUGGCUUCAGAUGUUCCCCUAUUUCUAUGGUCUCAGCAAAAUCAUCCAAAAAGUGUUUUUUUUUUUUUUUUUUAAAUCUAGGAUCUACCUUUUUCCUCCCAAUAGUACAUUCCCCCAGAGUGUCUAGUUCACCGUAACUGAUGGGGUCAGAAGCUCUUUAUUUUAAUAUUUAAUUUUAGUAGUAUAUUUUUGUUUGUAUUAGAAAAAAUUUUAUGGUACCAAACAAGCUUUCUUGGUGAUAUCAACAUUUCUAUUAAAACUAGUUUGCAUCUAAGUUAAGAUUUGAGUUAUCCUAAAGAAAACUAUUAAGUAAAUAGCAGUACAGAUGACAAGUGGAUUGCACAGUAUAUCCUCUAGAUCCAUAGUGACCCUACAGAGAUAAACCUGUGAUGGUCAAACAGUGUGAAAACUGCUGUCAGAGACAUGGGUAGGGUGCUCUUGUUUAUAGAGAAGAGGUGCAAAAAUCAGCUUGAUCGUAGUGGGAAGAUCAGGAAAUGCUUCCUGGAAUUGGGUAUUAAGAACUGAUAGCAUUAGGUGGUUACAGAAUAAGUUUUGUUUGGGAAGGACUGGGGUAUGACUGGCUUCUAGGUUGUGUGUUGUGGAGUGACUGGGGAUAAAAGCAGGAGCAAGAUCACAAAAGGCCUUCUAUGCUUAUAUUAGGGAAGUUAGACUUUAUUUUCAAGCUGAAGGGAAGCUGUUGUAUGGUUUUAAGCAGUACAGUGACAUGAUCAGAGUUUUAGAGGGUGCCAAGAUUGAAGGCAAGCCUGACCAGUUAGGAGACUGCUUGUUAAAUUAGUUCAGAGGAGAAACAGUGAAGGCAGUGGCACUGGGCAUGAAGAAGUGUAUGUGUGCUAAUUUUAGAUUUCUUAGGGAAGCAGAAAUGACAAGAGUUUGUGGUCAGUUGGACAGAAAUGUUGAAGGAGAAUGAGGAGACUAGGUUGACUCCCAGGGUUUAGGUUUGGGUAGUAAAAUGGCAUGUGGAACAAUUAACUGAUAAACAACAUACAGAAAGAGGAAAGAACUUGGUUUCAUAUGUUUGUUUUUGAGGAAAAGAUGUUUGUUUUUGAACUUACUGAUUCAGAGGGGCUUGUGGGACAUCUUGGUUAAGAUCCUGUUGUAGUUCUAGUAGGGUCUAGAAGUCAAAAGAUACAACCUCGCCUGGAAGGAUUUGGGAGUCUUCAGCACUUGGAAGUUUGGAAGCCAUUGUUUACUGUAGUGCAUAUGAGAUAAUUUAAACUGGGUACAUAGAUAAACACUUGAAAAAAUUUUAAUAGAUAGGAAUUUAAUGUGUAUGAGAAACAUAACUUGCACAUGUAACCUUUGAUAAUCAUGGACAUCAUCACUUAGGCCAAGCGAGCUCAAUAAAAGGGAAAUAUUAACUAAAAGUAUAUGUGAUACAUGGAAAUGGCAAAAAUCAUGGUGAAGCUAUGCAAACGAUGCAAGUUCAGAAAGUGCUGUGUUAAGUCAUGGGUGUGGUGGAUAAAUUCACCCAAGGAGAGAGUAAGAGUGAGAAGAAAAGAGAGUUGACAUUGGGUGGCGGGGAAUGGAGAAGAAGAGCCCAUGAAGGAAACUGAGGAAGAGCAGCCAGACGAAUAGGAGGAAAACCAGGAGAAGAUGGUCUUUGGAGUCCAAAUGAAGAGUUCUGAGGAGGAAGUGGUCCACAGUGUCAAACUUGUGCAUCAUGGACAAUUUUGCUGAGGGAGAUUUCACUGUGACAGAUUAUGCCUUGUUAGAAGAUUGCCCUUACGUCGACGAUUGUGUCUUUGCUGCUGAAUUUAUGAGCAAUGAUUAUGUUCGUGUGACUCAGCUUUACUGUGAUGGGGUGGGUAUGCAAUAUAAAGAUUAUAUCCAAAGUGAGAGGAAUUUAGAAUUUGACAUCUGCAGUAUAUGGUGUAGUAAACCAAUUUCUGUCCUGCAAGAUUAUUGUGAUGCCAUUAAAAUAAACAUCUUCUGGCCACUUCUGUUUCAACAUCAAAACAGUUCUGUAAUAUCACGAUUGCAUCCCUGUGUGGACGCCAACAAUUCACGUGCUUCUGAGAUAAGUUUGAAGAAAUUACAACAUCUUGAGUUGAUGGAAGAUAUUGUGGAUUUGGCAAAGAAAGUUGCUAAUGAUUCGUUCCUCAUUGGAGGCUUAUUGAGAAUUGGUUGUAAAAUAGAAAAUAAAAUCUUGGCAAUGGAAGAAGCUCUGAAUUGGAUAAAAUAUGCAGGCGAUGUAACAAUUCUAACUAAAUUAGGAUCAAUUGACAAUUGUUGGCCUAUGUUAAGUAUUUUCUUUACUGAAUACAAGUACCACAUAACUAAAAUUGUAAUGGAAGACUGCAAUUUGCUUGAAGAACUUAAAACUCAAAGUUGUAUGGAUUGUAUAGAGCAAGGAGAACUAAUGAAAAUGAAAGGAAAUGAAGAGUUUUCCAAAGAAAGAUUUGAUAUAGCUAUUAUCUAUUACACCAGAGCCAUUGAAUAUAGACCUGAAAACCACCUUCUUUAUGGUAACCGAGCUCUUUGUUUUCUUCGUACUGGACAGUUUAGAAAUGCACUCGGUGAUGGAAAGAGAGCCACUAUUCUGAAGAACACUUGGCCAAAGGGUCAUUAUCGUUAUUGUGAUGCUCUUUCUAUGCUGGGGGAAUAUGACUGGGCCCUGCAAGCAAACAUAAAAGCUCAAAAACUCUGUAAAAAUGACCCUGAGGGAAUCAAGGAUCUAAUUCAGCAGCAUGUAAAGUUACAAAAACAAAUAGAAGACCUACAAGGUCGAACAGCAAAUAAGGAUACAAUUAAAGCCUUUUACGAAAACCGGGCCUACACACCUAGGAAUUUAUCAGCACCUGUAUUUGCAACUUCACUUAACUUUGUGGAGAAGGAAAGAGAUUUCAGAAAAAUUAAUCACGAAAUGGCCAACGGUGGUAAUCAGAAUCUAAAGGUGGUGGAUGAGGUGUUGAAGGUAGAUGAUUGUGACUGUUAUCCUGAAUUUUCACCACCAUCAAGUCAGCCUCCAAAACAUAAAGGAAAACAAAAAUCUCGAAACAAUGAAUCAGAGAAGUUCAGUUGUAGUUCACCAUUGACUUUACCAGCAGAUUUGAAGAGUAUCUUGGAGAAACAGUUUUCUAAAUCUUCCAGAGCUGCACACCAGGAUUUUGCUAAUAUAAUGAAAAUGUUGAGAAGCUUAAUUCAAGAUGGCUAUACGGCCUUAUUGGAGCAGCGUUGCCGCAGUGCCGCACAGGCCUUUACAGAGUUGCUGAACGGUUUAGAUCCUCAAAAAAUAAAGCAAUUGAACCUGGCCAUGAUUAACUAUGUCUUGGUUGUCUAUGGACUUGCCAUUUCUCUCCUUGGAAUAGGACAGCCUGAGGAAUUAUCUGAAGCUGAAAACCAGUUUAAGAGGAUUAUUGAACACUACCCCAAUGAGGGACUUGACUGCUUGGCCUACUGUGGAAUUGGAAAAGUAUACUUGAAAAAAAACAGAUUUCUAGAAGCUCUCAAUCACUUUGAGAAAGCAAGAACCUUGAUUUAUCGUCUUCCUGGAGUGUUAACUUGGCCCACAAGUAAUGUGAUUAUUGAAGAAUCUCAGCCACAAAAAAUAAAGAUGCUGUUAGAGAAAUUUGUUGAAGAAUGCAAGUUCCCUCCAGUGCCAGAUGCCAUUUGUUGCUAUCAGAAGUGCCAUGGAUAUUCUAAGAUCCAGAUAUACAUAACUGAUCCAGACUUUAAGGGUUUUAUACGCAUCAGCUGUUGCCAGUACUGUAAAAUAGAAUUUCACAUGAAUUGCUGGAAGAAGUUAAAAAGUACAACCUUUAAUGAUAAAAUUGACAAGGAUUUUCUACAAGGAAUAUGUCUUACCCCUGACUGUGAAGGUGUCAUUUCUAAGAUUAUCAUCUUCAGCAGUGGUGGUCAAGUUAAAUGUGAAUUUGAACACAAGGUCAUAAAAGAAAAGGUUCCUCCAAGACCUAUUCUGAAACAGAAAUGUUCUAGCCUAGAGAAACUAAGACUGAAAGAAGACAAAAAAUUGAAGAGAAAGAUCCAAAAAAAAGAAGCAAAAAAAUUAGCACAAGAAAGAAUGGAGGAGGACUUAAGAGAAAGUAAUCCACCCAAAAAGGAAGAGCAGAAAGAAACUGUAGACAAUGUUCAGCAUUGUCAGUUCCUUGAUGACAGAAUUCUACAGUGUAUAAAGCAGUAUGCUGACAAAAUCAAAUCUGGCAUACGGAAUACAGCCACACUUCUCAAAGAAUUGCUUUCUUGGAAAGUUUUGAGCACAGAAGACUAUACAACCUGUUUUUCUAGCAGAAAUUUUCUAAAUGAAGCAGUGGACUAUGUUAUUCGUCACUUGAUUCAAGAAAAGAACAGAGUAAAAACAAGAAUAUUUCUGCAUGUUUUGAGUGAGCUUAAAGAAGUGGAGCCCAAAUUGGCCGCCUGGAUCCAAAAACUUAAUAGCUUUGGCUUAGAUGCCACAGGACCUUUCUUUUCUCGUUAUGGAGCAUCUCUUAAACAGCUUGAUUUUAGUAUCAUGACUUUCCUCUGGCAUGAGAAAUAUGGUCACAAACUAGACUCUAUAGAAGGAAAGCAACUUGAUUAUUUCUCUGAGCCAACAUCAUUGAAGGAAGCCCGUUGUUUAAUAUGGCUGCUAGAAGAACACAGAGACAAGUUCCCAGCAUUGCAUAGUGCUUUAGAUGAAUUCUUUGAUAUAAUGGACAGCCGCUGUACUGUGUUAAGGAAACAAGACAGUGGUGAAGCACUGUUUAGUUCUACCAAGGUGAAAAACAAAGGCAAGAAAAAGAAGCCAAAGGAUUCAAAGCCUAUGUUAGUUGGGUCUGGGACAACUUCAGUAACUCCAAAUAAUGAUGUCAUCACUUCAAGUGAAGACCAUACCAAUCGAAAUUCAGAUUCUGCAGGCCCUUUUGCAGUGCCUGACCAUCUUCGGCAAGAUGUAGAAGAAUUCGAAGCUCUCUAUGACCAACACAGUAACGAAUAUGUUGUCCGCAAUAAGAAGCUAUGGGAAAUGAACCCAAAACAAAAAUGUUCAACUCUGUAUGAUUACUUCUCUCAGUUUUUGGAGGAGCAUGGUCCCUUGGACAUGAGUAACAAGAUGUUCUCUGAAGAAUAUGAGUUUUUCCCAGAAGAAACUCGACAGAUACUAGAAAAAGCAGGAGGUUUAAAACCUUUUCUCUUGGGAUGUCCUCGUUUUGUUGUGAUUGACAACUGUAUUGCAUUGAAGAAAGUUGCAUCACGGCUCAAGAAAAAAAGGAAGAAGAAAAACAUUAAAACAAAAGUAGAAGAAAUUUCAAAAGCAGGAGAGUAUUUACGAGUUAAACUACCUCUGAAUCCAGCUGCAAGGGAAUUUAAACCAGAUGUAAAGUCUACACCAGUGUCAGAUUCAUCUUCAGCACCAGCUUCUGAAGAUGUGAAACCCAAACCUGUGUCUGCAAAUUCUCCUGAGCCAGCGUGUGAAGAUGUGAGAGCCAAACCAGUAGCCGACAAUUCUUCUAGACAAGUUUCUGAGGAUGGGAAACCCAAAGGGGCCUCUUCCAAUUCUCCCACACCAGGCUCUGAGGAUGCAAAUUACAAGCGAGUCUCCUCUAAUUCCCCUAGACCGGUUCUUGAGGAUGUGAAACCAACUUAUUGGGCUCAAUCCCAUUUGUUCACAGGAUACUGUACGUAUCUUCCUUUCCAGAGAUUUGAUAUCACCCAGACACCAGCAGCAUACAUAAACGUAUUACCAGGUUUGCCCCAGUACACCAGCAUAUAUACACCCUUGGCCAGCCUUUCUCCUGAAUAUCAGCUACCAAGAUCAGUACCAGUGGUGCCGUCUUUUGUAGCCAAUGACAGAGCAGAUAAAAAUGCCGCUGCCUAUUUUGAGGGUCAUCAUUUGAAUGCUGAGAAUGCUGUUGGUCACCAGAUUGCCUCUGAAACACAGAUCCUUGAAGACUCUUCGGGAAUAUCUGUAAAGUCACACUGCAGCACAGGGGAUGCUCAUACAGUCCUGAGUGAGUCUAACAGAAAUGAUGGGCACUGUGGAAAUUCUAACAACAAAUGUGAAGUAAUUCCAGAAAGCAUCAGUGCAGUAACAAACAUUCCACACGUGCAGAUGGUUGCCAUACAGGUAUCUUGGAACAUAAUACACCAAGAAGUCAAUACUGAGCCAUAUAAUCCUUUUGAGGAACAACAAGGGGAAAUUUCACGGAUUGAAAAGGAGCACCAGGUAUUACAAGAGCAACUUAAAGAAGCAUAUGAAAAUUAUGAGCAGAUGAAACUUAAGGGCUUAGAAGAGACCAGGGACCUGGAAGAAAAGUUGAAAAGGCACUUAGAAGAAAACAAGAUCUCAAAGACGGAAUUAGAUUGGUUCCUUCAAGAUUUGGAAAGAGAAAUUAAAAAAAAAAAGCAGGAAAAAAAAGAAAUCCAAGAAAGACUAAAAUCACUGAAGAAGAAAAUUAAAAAAGUUUCAAAUGCCAGUGAAUUGUAUACCCAGAAAAAUGAUGGAAAGGAAAAGGAACAUGAAUUACAUCUGGAUCAGUCCCUUGAAAUCAGCAACACACUUACAAAUGAGAAAAUGAAAAUAGAAGAGUGUAUAAAGAAAGGAAAAGAGGAUUAUGAAGAGAGUCAUCAGAGAGCUGUGGCUGCAGAGGUAUCCGUACUUGAAAACUGGAAGGAGAGUGAAGUGUAUAAGCUACAGAUCAUGGAGUCACAAGCAGAAGCCUAUCUGAAGAAGCUGGAGCUGAUUAGCUGUGAUCCUGCAGCAUAUCCUGACAUGGAGUCUGAUAUAUGUUCAUGGGAACUGUUUCUUUCUAAUGUUACAAAAGAAAUUGAGAAAGCAAAGUCUCAGUUUGAAGAACAAAUUAAGGCAAUUAAAAAUGGUUCUCGUCUCAGUGAACUUUCUAAAGUGCAGAUUUCCGAGCUUUCACUUCCUGCCUGUAACACGGUUCAUCCCGAGUUACUCCCUGAGUCUUCAGGCCACGAUGACCAAGGGCUUGUGACUUCUGCAAGCGACAUGACUGGAAACCACGCAGCACUUCACAGGGAUCCCAGUGUGUUCUCUGACGGCGAUUCCCCAGGGGAGGCUCCUUCUGCGCUGUUGCCAGGGCCACCCCCUGGUCAGCCUGAAGCCGCUCAGCUGCCAGGGCCAAAAAGGGCAGCUCUGCCAGAACGAAGCCCUGUGGCUGAUCGGAAGCAGCCUGUUCUUCCAGGACGUGCUGCGCGUUCAAGUCAGUCUCCAAAAAAGCCGUUCAAUAGUAUUAUUGAGCACCUGUCAGUGGUAUUCCCGUGUUACAACAGCACCGAGCUUGCUGGUUUUAUUAAAAAAGUGCGAAGCAAAAACAAGAACUCACUCUCAGGAUUGAGUAUUGAUGAAAUUGUCCAAAGAGUGACAGAACACAUUUUAGACGGACAGAAAAAGAAAAAGCCAAACCCAGGAAAGGACAAGAGGACUUAUGAGCCCAGCUCUGCCGCCCCCGUGGCCAGGUCCUCCCAGGGCCCACCCUCGGCGGUUGUUGCACCAUCACCCAAAACCAAGGGGCAGAAGGCAGAAGAUGUCCCUGUGAGGGCUGCACCGGGUGCAAGUUCCUGUGAAAUAUGCCACGAGGUGUUCAAAUCAAAAAACGUGUGUGUGCUCAAAUGUGGGCACAAGUACCACAAAGGGUGCUUUAAGCAGUGGCUUAAAGGGCAGAGCACUUGCCCGGCCUGCCAGGGUCGUGAUCUCCUGUCAGAAGAGUAGCCUGCACUUCUGGAAGAGGCUGGCCCGGUGAGAAUCAGGAGCCGCCUUCCUGCUCCUCUAGGUAGUCACACUUCACUAAAGCGUCAUCCACCAGUACUGGUGUUGAAUCGGAAGAAUGACAAUUUCCUGCCACCACUGGUGUAAAAAACAAACAUUUGAAGACCCUUGUGCAUUGUGUGUCACAAAGCUAAAUACAUGGAAAUCGUUAAUAUCGUUCAGAUUAAGUAAUUUCCCCACUCUGAGUGAAUACUUUGAUGAUGGCCAAGCAGUGGCUAAUAAAAUGACGGCUACCACACUCGUGGGUCGCUGGGGCUGCGCAGGGCUCUUUGAGGUGGGUGGCUUCUUUUGGAAAGUACUGUGAGCGCCUCGAAGCAGUAUUCUAGUGAUAAGAAUUCUUAACAUGUCCAAGCACCCCACGUUUGUUCCCCUUUUGUGUUUGAAAAACCUUUUCUAGUAGCUCCGCAAGAGAGAUGAUACUGACUUUUUAAAUUUUUUACAAGAGUCUGUAUUCCUGAAAAUAUGCCUAUAUUUUUCUUCAAAGAUUCUGCAUUUUAAGAAUAGGCAUAAGCAAACUACAUUUUAAUAAUUUAUAGUUAAUGUUAAAAUAUUGGCUGAUUUAGACCAAAAGAUUCAAAUCUCCUCUUUGUGAAAUCCCAUCUGCAUUUGAUUUUUUUAUUAUUUUAUGUUCCUCCGAUAGAUUGUUUUAAGUGUUUACUUUUCAUCUUUUAUAGAUGUAAUCUGAUUUUCAAAAAUCAUUAACACUUUUUGAUUAGUAUCGACUGAGACUUUUUCCCCCUGGAAUGGAGGCUGUGUGUCCAUCACCCCAGCCCCCGGUUGGAGCCUGCUCUUUGAACUCUGCUGCCCUCCUCAGCAGCUUCUGUCCUCUUUCAUGAGUCAGCCAGCAAGUGCUUGGGAUCCACAUCCAGCCGUGCUGAGCACACAACAGGCUGUGUGUGGAAAUGGCCACCACCCUUCUCCUUCCCCACCCCACCACAAAAAGAGAAGCUGUGUCUUUAGACAACCCUGAGGUGUCUGUGUUACAGUCGCUCUGUGUUUGACAUUUGUGUAAAGUAUGCAUGCAGUCUUAUACUGUGGCCUAAAACAAAACUGUAACUGCAUUAGAAACCAUGAAAAAUUAGAUACUGUUUUGUGAGUUUUAUACAGUGGUAAAUAUAGAACCAUGAAUUCUGGACACAUUCCAUUUCUAUCCAACAUGAAGGAUCAAAAAAUGUUUUUCAAUGUGUUCUUUGUUCCACUGGAUACUUGGAGUCAUGAGUUUGUGAGCUGAUUUGGUCACCUUCCUCUGCCUUUAUUCACCAUGAGUUCUGAUGUCUUAGUGACUUAGUUCGUAGAAGCUCACGCCCUAGUUUGAAACAUUCUCCACGGUGGCCCCCAAAACAUUGUCCGCAUAUUCGUAAGAAUUGAGCGCUAUGGGUGUUAACAUGCAUAAGGAUCAGUUUGCAGCAGCAAGUACAAAAGAAGAGGAACAUCGUCCAAUGAGUGUGUUUUGUAUAUAACUUCAGAUACUUGUGAACAUGCCUUAUAUUUGUCCAACAACUGUCAGAAUAAAGAACAUUCUAAAACGAGAA